AUGUCCAACCUCCUUCUCACAUCACCCAUUCCAUCUCCUCCUUCAUCACCACAGAAGCAACAACAACGAAAAAGCCAAAAGUUAUGCCACCACCAGUCUUCACCCCAAUCAACGUUGAAUACAUCAAACCUCUCAAACAUGGAUGGUGGUUUUGGAUCUAGGAGUUCCAUGUUGUCAACGAGUACUUCAUCAAUUACGGACUCGCUAUUGUUGAUGAGUCCUAUAUCUUCAUCAUUUUCCAGCAACUAUCGUAACUUUGAGGACUUGUCAAACCUCAAACAACCAAAUUCAACGAUGGUUGCUGACUCUCAACCUCCAAAAACACCGCCAAGAAGCACCCCAUGUACAGCAAUUACUGCUUCACCUUCAUGUCCCCACACAGCUCCAAGCCAUUUACUGACAAGUCCACAAUCUAGAAAUGCAAAAUUUUCACGAGCAACUUCAUUCGCUCACCACCAACAAGAUUCCUCCUUCAUAUUGAGUCCGUCUAAAAAGAGGUUACAUCCUCUCUCGGUACUUUCUCCUCAGUCAUGCCAAAAACCUCUCACUCAAGUUUCAGAUGUCAAUCAUAGAAAUUGCAUGACGGCUUGUAACAAGACAAAUCGAAGGAUCACUGUUGCAUCCAAACCUUCAUGUAUUGUGAAGAAAUUGGACUUUUCCAAUAUUGUUACAUCAUAUAAUGACUGUGAUCAAGAGUGUACAAAUUCUCAAUUACUAUCCCCAUUUUCUCCUAAAUCACUUUCUUCUCCCAAAUCAAACGCAGAUUUAUUUUCACCUACUUCUGGUAAGAGAAGGAAUUACGAAUCCAUCAUGUCUCCAACAAACUCUCUUCAUGCAGAUCGAUUCAUUCCACAACGGUGCACCUCGAGUGAAUUGGAAAUUGCUAAACAUUUAAUGUUCACAUCGAAUGUUCCUUCAACACCUCCCUCUUCCAACUCACAAAGCAGCAACAAUGGUCACAAUAAUGGAAGUUCCACAAUGAACAUGCCCUAUCAAUUCGAAUCAUGUCUCGAAAGUCGAUUACUCGAUUCCACUUCCAAAAUUUCUGAAAAGAAAAUUUUCAAAUUUAAACCCACAAAUUUUCACAGCCUUAAUAUUAGUUGUGGUAGUAUGAUUUCCGUUAAUGGAUCGACAGAAGAAAGUUAUCGAAAUUCAGGCCAAUCAAGAGAUCCCUCUGGUGACACAAACUCCACCUCUUCUGACUCGUGUUUCAACAAUCAAGAAAAUAUUCGAAGAGGUAACAUGUCCUCGUCUGUGGUACUCUCUCCGAAACAUGCACUUCAAACUUCAACAAGUGCUGACUCUAAUAUUCAAAACAAAUUACAGGCUGUCUUUUCGUGCAACAAACAAUUUUCACAAAUGACAGAAAUGGAAAAACGACAGCUUCUGCAAGGUGGCUAUGGUAGUGGCCAUUCCAAGCAACGUGUAAUUUCUUCUCUCCCUGAACGUGUUCUGGAUGCACCCAAAAUGCUGGAUGACUUUUAUUUGAAUUUACUCGAUUGGAGUUCACAAAAUAUACUGGCAGUGGCUCUUUUUGAUACUGUCUACUUGUGGGAUGCCAACAAUGGAAAUAUUCACAUGCUCACCAAAACGAGUGAAGGUUCUCCAGAAGAAGUAGAAACCAAUAUUAACACCAUCACAAGCGUGGCUUGGACUAUGGAUGGAACUCAUCUAGCAGUCGGAACCAAUCACUGUACCAUUGAAUUAUGGAAUGUUGAACGAAAAAAGUUGGUAAGGAAAAUGCUUGGGCAUUGCUCUCGAGUGGGCUCUCUCUCUUGGAAUCCGAAAGGUCCGUUCAUGCUUUCCUCGGGUUCGAGAGAUGGUAAAAUUUUGAAUCAUGAUGUUCGAGUUGGACCUGGUGGGCUCAAUAUUCACUCCACACAUGGUCUAUUCAUGCAACAACAUGAAGCCAUUCCAAACUAUCCCAGCCAAGUCACUUCAGUGUUCACUGGCCAUUCCCAAGAAGUUUGUGGUUUGAAAUGGUCACCCGAUGGAUCUCAACUUGCAUCAGGAGGCAAUGAUAACACUCUCCACAUUUGGGAUGCACAUGCUGCAAGCUUUUCUCCAUCUCUUUUUACUUUUAAUGAACAUGUGGCUGCUGUGAAAGCAUUAGCGUGGUGUCCAUGGCAAGGUCACUUGUUGGCCAGUGGUGGUGGAACAGCUGACCGAAAGAUUCACUUUUGGAGUACUUCGAAUGGAGCUUUAUUGAACAGUGUAGAUACCAAAUCACAAGUGUGUAGUUUAUUGUGGUCCAAAUACGACCGAGAACUCGUUUCUUCCCAUGGGUUUUCACAGAAUCAACUCAUUGUUUGGAAAUAUCCAAGUUUGAGGAAAGUUGCAGAACUCACUGGUCACACGAGUCGCGUCCUUCAUUUGGCUCAAUCUCCGGAUGGCAGUAGUGUGGUAUCUGCAGCAGGAGAUGAAACACUCCGUUUCUGGAGGAUAUUUUCGAGUGCGAGCGAUAUUUUGCAUGCAAGUUGCAGCACGAACCAACUUUCGUAUGGAGCCAAACAAUUUGGAAGAUUUUUCACAUCGAACACUCAGUAUGAAUCUCUUUCCCUAAAUGAUAUGAUGUCUCUCAGAUAA